AGUCAGCAUAACUAAUUGAAUCAUGGUAGAAAGCAAAAACGCGCAUUAAUGGUCUAUAAGAGAAGAUGAAUGCGCACAUUAUUUUUAGAAUCAAUAAGGUAAAGGCGAGGGAGAAAGAUAAAUUUAUAUUCGGGCUGCUGUAGGAACGAUAAUGCAGUAAGCCAACUUAGUGCAACAUAUUGUAGACAAUCGUAAACAGCAACGACAUGAAGACGGAAACACAUACUUGUCCGCCUGAGGUUACAGCAAUGAUUGGAGAGCUGUCAAAUAACUGCGAACGAAUGGAGAAUAUAUCAGAAUCUGUUGACGAACUGCGUGAGAAACUUGCCAACAUGAAGCGAUUGAUGGAAGAACGCAAGGGAAUAACACUUGGUGACAUAAGUACACUCAAACAACGUAAUAAAUCUUCCAACAUUAUAGAUGGCAACUUUCUUUCUUGGAUCUUUGGCACUGCUCUUGCUGUCAUUCUCAGCGUUACUUUUUAUGCUUUCUACAAUCUUUAUAAUGCUGUGCUAAAAAAAUUCCCAUCGAAACAUACUGAACUAUGAAUUUGAUAUUCAACUGGUUUUAUUAAUAUUUUAUUGAUUGUUCUUUAAUAAGAACAUUUAGCAAGUAAAACAAGGAAAUAAUUCUUGUUUUUUAAAUUUUUUUACUAUUAGCAUCUUAUUUGCUUAAUAUUUUGUCGUGAAUAACAUUACUUUCUGAAUAUAGGUAAGUUGUAGUUAUACAAAAAGUUUACUCUUACUUUACAUAUAAGAGAAAUCUUGUUCCAGU